UGGCGGCGUUGUAUAGUUCACCUAACGCACGCUCUCAAUUCCAGACAAAGAAACAUGAGAGGAAGGAGUUACACUCCAUCUCCGCCACCACCACCGCCACGCGGUUACGGCAGAAGAGGCGGCGGUGGCGGAGGGAGAAGCCCCAGCCCUAGAGGCGGAGGCCGCUAUGGCCCCCGCCCUCGAGAUCUCCCUACCAGCCUUCUCGUUCGUAACCUUCGCCAUGAUUGCAGGCCUGAAGAUCUUCGCAGACCAUUUGGUCAAUUCGGUCCUCUUAAGGACAUUUACCUGCCUAAGGAUUACUACACUGGACAACCCCGCGGUUUCGGUUUUGUCCAGUUUGUAGAUCCUGCUGAUGCCGCUGAUGCAAAGUAUCAUAUGGAUGGUCAAAUUCUUCUCGGUCGUGAGCUGACUGUUGUCUUUGCUGAGGAAAACAGAAAGAAGCCAACUGAGAUGAGGCAUAGAGAGAGAAGUCGGGGUCGGUCUUAUGAUCGAAGAAGAUCUCCUCCUCGUUAUUCUCGUUCACCCCGCUACUCCCGAUCUCCACCACCACGCCACAGAUCUCGCUCUCGCAGUCGUGACUAUUAUUCCCCUCCUCCUAAACGCAGGGAUUCAAGAUCUGUGUCACCUGAGGAGAGAAGGUACAGUCGAGAACGAUCGUACACACCACGUAGCAGGGAGAGGUCAUACUCACGCUCUCCACCCUAUAAUGGAGGCUCAAGAAGCCGCAGUCGUAGUCCAGCUAAAGUCGCAGUCCACAGCAGAAGCCCAAGUCCGAUCCACGGUGAUGUUAGGGAGUCAGCCCGCAUUAGGUCCCCUAGUCAGUGAGAAUUGAGUAACUUGCAAUGGACUACUAGAUGUUAGAUUUUAUUUGAAUGUUCAGCAAAUUACUUGAUAUUGUUUGAUAUAAACAUUGCAUCAGUUUUUAGUUGGAUGUCUUUGAAUUUCAUCUCUAUUUCCAUCUAGUUUUAGUUGUGGACAUUGGUAUGGAAUUUGCUGCUAUCUUUAUGUCUUGGUGUUUGUCUUUUAACAAUGGAAGAGUAGACUUAAAUUGCUCUGUUGUCUGAAAA